AUGGCUGACGAAUCUGGAGACGCUGGCCCAGCACCUGUCGAGCACCUUAACAUCAAAGUCACCGACAACCACAAUGAAGUCUUCUUCAAGAUCAAGCGAACAACUCAGCUGAAAAAGCUCAUGGAUGCCUUCUGUGAUCGUCAAGGAAAACAGGCUUCGACCGUGCGUUUUUUGUUCGAUGGAACACGAGUUCGUCCUGAAGACUCACCAGACACGCUGGAUAUGCAGGAUGGCGAUACUCUCGAGGUCCACCAAGAGCAGAUUGGAGGUUAA